AUGGAGAUAAGGUGUGUCGCAGCUGUCAGCUACACACUAACUCCCCUAUCUAAACAAACAUUUCACAGGCAACACCUGCUUCAUUGUGAGAUACUGUCUGUGAUUGCACAGUGUUAUGUGUUUUUCAGGCACAGCGCAGAGAACACGGCCGAUCUGUCCAAGCAUCAGAUCACACACAUCCUGAAUGCAGCUCACAGUAAGUGUGAAGGACAACCAGGUAUCUACAGGGGCAAGGAGAUCACAUACAUGGGCAUAGAGGCUCAUGACUCCUGUGGCUUUGACAUGAGCGUCAACUUCCUCGCGGCAGCAGUCUUCAUCCACAGGGCUCUCAGCAGGGGAGGCAAAGUGCUGGUGCACUGUCACGUGGGACUGAGCCGCUCGGCCACCCUGGUCCUUGCGUACCUGAUGCUGAGGCAGAACCUGACGCUCGUGGGGGCUAUUUGUGCUGUGAAAGAUAAACAUGGUGUGAGGCCCAAUCGAGGAUUCCUCAGACAGCUCAUCAAACUAGAUGGUCAGCUGUUUGACACGCAUCCCUAAACGAUGUAUGAUAGUGUUACUGCUCAGCUCUCAUGGGUCCACAACCUAAGGGAAUCCAUAUUGAGAAACACUGAUGCCAUUAUAUGGAUGCAGAAAUGUUUUUGAGUCUCCGACUUGCAGCAUCUGAUCCAUUCCAGGAUCAUGUUUUAAUUUCCAGGAACUGUAAGGUGAAAAUAUUCAUAUUCUGUCAGUUCAUAAAUGUUGAUUAAAGUUUUAAAGUAAAAAUUUGA